AACAGCAGCAGUGACGACGACGACAGCAGCAGCAGCGAUUGCAAAUGCAAUUCAAAUACAAACAUCAGCAGCUGGUGCGAGUGCAGCGGACAAAAAGAAAAUGGUGUACGAGUUAUGUCAGCAGCUGUUGCUAACGGAUGAGCAGGUGCAGGAAUUGUGCUAUCGCAUAUUGCACGAGGUGCGUCGCGGCUUGGCUAAGGACACGCACCCCAAGGCGAAUGUCAAGUGCUUUGUCACAUAUGUGCAAGAUCUGCCCAAUGGCAAUGAGCGCGGCAAGUUCCUUGCCCUCGAUUUGGGCGGCACCAAUUUCCGCGUGCUUCUCAUCCAUCUGCAGGAGAACAAUGAUUUCCAAAUGGAGUCGCGCAUCUAUGCAAUACCACAGCACAUUAUGAUCGGAUCGGGACUGCAGCUAUUCGAUCAUAUCGCCGAAUGUCUGUCCAAUUUUAUGGCCGAGCAUAAUGUGUAUUCAGAGCGUUUGCCAUUGGGAUUCACGUUCUCGUUCCCGUUGCGCCAGCUGGGCCUGACCAAGGGUCUUUUGGAGACAUGGACAAAGGGAUUCGAUUGUGCCGGCGUUGUCAACGAGGACGUUGUCCAGCUGCUCAAGGAUGCGAUCGCAAGGCGCGGCGACGUUCAGAUCGAUGUGUGUGCGAUCCUUAACGAUACGACGGGCACUUUAAUGAGUUGCGCCUGGAAGAAUCACAAUUGCAAGAUCGGUCUAAUUGUCGGCACCGGCUCCAAUGCCUGCUAUGUGGAGCGCGUCGAGGAGGCCGAACUCUUCGAUGGUAGCGAGAAUGGCAAGCCGCACGUCCUCAUCAAUACGGAAUGGGGUGCAUUUGGCGAUAAUGGCGCACUCGAUUUUGUACGCACGGAAUUUGAUAAGGAUAUCGAUAGUCACAGCAUUAAUCCCGGCAAGCAGACAUUCGAGAAGAUGAUCUCGGGCAUGUAUAUGGGUGAGCUGGUCCGUCUCGUUCUCGCCAAGAUGACACAGAAUGGCAUCCUAUUCAAUGGACAGGGAUCCGAGGUGCUCUUCACCCGCGGCCUCUUCUUCACCAAAUACGUGAGCGAAAUUGAGGCCGAUGAGCCCGGCAAUUUCACCAAUUGUCGCUUGGUGUUCGAGGAGCUGGGUCUGCCCAAUGCCAGCGAUGGCGAUUGUGCCAACGUUCGCUACAUCUGCGAGUGUGUCUCGAAGCGUGCCGCACAUCUUGUCUCCGCUGGCAUUGCCACGCUGAUCAACAAAAUGGAUGAGCCGCAUGUGACGGUAGGUGUCGAUGGCAGCGUUUAUCGCUUCCAUCCCAAGUUCCACAAUCUGAUGGUGGAGAAGAUAACGCAGCUGAUCAAGCCGGGCAUCUCUUUCGAUCUGAUGCUUUCCGAGGAUGGAUCGGGUCGUGGGGCGGCGCUGGUUGCUGCCGUCGCCUGCCGAGAGGAUAUACUCAAUAGCAAGUAGAAAAUGAUUGGGGCUGCUACAUUCAACAACACAGUUAUCGUUAUCGUAAUUGAGUAUCGGUAUCGUAAUUGGCAUCGGCAUCGGCGUCGCUGUUGUUGCCAAGUAAGCAAAUCAAUUAAUUCGAAAUCUAAAUUGAGUUUCGAAUGCAAAUUCUUAAGGCGAAAAUGAGUUAGUUUCCUUUUGUCGCCGCUGCGGUGGCGUGCACAGGCCGCCGCCAGAUGGCGCGUCUUAGUGUUUAAAUUAGACAAGUUUUUAGAAAAAAAGCAAAACAAACAUGAAUAAUGGAGAUUGUAUGCUUCAGCAGCUGUUUAUUAUUAUUAUUAUUACUAUUAUUAAUUAUGCUUUGCUUCAUUUCGAUUACAACUAUAUGUUAUUUUGCUCUAUCUUUCAAUUAAUUACAUAAAUUAUUUGUAUACUUAGUUUAAUUGAUAAACUUAUCGAUUCUCGAUUUUUCAAAAACAAAAUACAAAUGUUAUUAUACUUUACGCAA